AUGGAGCUGAUAACAACUGAUAACGACGAGCUGCUUGUGGAGCACUACAACAACCCUGUCGAAGAGCUGUUGACCUUGGUGUUUCCCUUCUAUCAGUACUCCUUACACGACCUUGUCUUGCAAAACAGCACCCACGAGAAGGUCAGAAGAAGGGCAAAGACGUCGCUGCGACAUAGAAUUGAUUUCCUUAAUCUUGACUUGAAGAGCUUGCAGAACUACAGCAGACUGAAAUACAGAACCAUCACCAAAAAUAACCUCUCGCUCAAGCAGAUUUUUAAGAUUCUUCAGGGCAUUUUAAACGGUUUGGUUUUCUUACAUGAACAUGGCAUAAUCCACAGAGACAUCAAGCCUGAAAACAUUCUAUUUGCUUCGUUGGAUCCUUUGGAUCCCAACAACGAUGCUAAGUUGAUUGAUUUCGGUAUAUCCUGGAUUCCCCCAGACAAUUUGUCGUCCAUUGAAACCCCAAACAGCAAAUAUUGCGAUAUUUGUACAGGUAUUUAUAAACCUCCAGAGGUGUUAUUAUCGGCCAGAAACUAUUCCACUGCAAUUGACAUCUGGGGUUUGGCAAUUAUCCUCACUUUCUUGUUUUCUUUGGAUUCGCAAGCUAUAUUAUCAUCUCCCAAAUUAAACAAACUUAGUCUUCAGAAUAACAAUAAUCAACUAAUAAAUCUAGACUCCAAUGACGAUGAUACUGAUGAUGAUGAUAAUGAUCAAUAUGAUCAAAUUAACGGAUAUAAAACAAUUAGCGAUUUAAAUCUUUUAUCAAAUAUUUUCAAAGCUUUUGGUACACCAACAAUCGACGAUUGGCCUGAAAUGAAAUCCUCAUCUGUUUUUAAAUUUUUAAAUUUUGAGAAAAACAAAAGAUUACCAAUAAAUAUUUUAUUACCAAAAUUGUCAAUUGACAAUAAUAAUAAUAAUAAUAAUAAUAAUAUAUUCACUUCUUUUGAAAAAUUGUUUCAUCAAAUGACCAUUUAUGAAUCAAAAGAUAGAGUUAAUGCUUUAGAUUUAUAUAACUUAGUUUCUGAAACUGAUAAUCAGUUAUAA